CACCUAAACAAGAACAGCAUAAAAAGCUUCUGAGCAGGCAUCUGCUGCUCAUUGUCUCCUGAUUACAUGUGUGGUUGGGCAGUGAUUGGUAGAAGUGUCUGAGUUUGCUGCUAAUGGUGUUUGAAGUCAUGGGAUUUAUCUUCAGGUUACUCCUGUUAUCUCUGCUUUCUCUUGAGUCUCAUCAAGUCAGUGGUGAGCGCAGUGGCUCUAACAAAUAUGGAGAUGAGUUCCUUCCAAGUAAACCACCAACAGAUGAUGAAACAGUGUUUCCUGUUAAGCCUAACUACCCAAUAGGUGGUCCAGUUGACUCCUCAUACCUGCCCAUGGUCCUCAGGCCUCCCCAACACCCACCGUUUGGUCAUCAAACUGAAGAAUGGAAUCCUCGGCAUCACCCGGGCUUCCCGUCUCAGCAUCCCAGGCCUCAGCAUCACCCGGGCUUCCCGUCUCAGCAUCCCAGGCCUCAGCAUCACCCGGGCUUCCCGUCUCAGCAUCCCAGACCUCAGGAUCACCCGGGCUUCCCGUCUCAGCAUCCCAGACCUCAGGAUCACCCGGGCUUCCCGUCUCAGCAUCCCAGGCCUCAGCAUCAUCCUGGCUUCCUGUCUCAGCAUCCCAGGCCUCAGGAUCACCCUAGCUUCCCGUCUCAGCAUCCCAGGCCUCAGCAUCACCCGGGCUUCCCGUCUCAGCAUUCCAGGCCUCAGCAUCACCCGGGCUUCCCGUCUCAGCAUUCCAGGCCUCAGCAUCACCCGGGCUUCCCGUCUCAGCAUCCCAGGCCUCAGCAUCACCCGGGCUUCCCGUCUCAGCAUUCCAGGCCUCAGCAUCACCCGGGCUUCCCGUCUCAGCAUCCCAGGCCUCAGCAUCACCCGGGCUUCCCGUCUCAGCAUCCCAGGCCUCCGCAUCACCUGGGCUUCCCGUCUCAGCAUCCCAGGCCUCAGGAUGACCCGGGCUUCCCGUCUCAGCAUCCCAGGCCUCAGGAUGACCCGGGCUUCCCGUCUCAGCAUCCCAGGCCUCAGGAUGACCCGGGCUUCCCGUUUCUGCAUCCCAGGCCUCAGCAUCACCCGGGCUUCCCGUCUCAGCAUCCCAGGCCUCAGGAUGACCCGGGCUUCCCGUCUCAGCAUCCCAGGCCUCAGGAUGACCCGGGCUUCCCGUCUCAGCAUCCCAGGCCUCAGGAUGACCCGGGCUUCCCGUCUCAGCAUCCCAGGCCUCAGGAUGACCCGGGCUUCCCGUCUCAGCAUCCCAGGCCUCAGGAUGACCCGGGCUUCCCGUCUCAGCAUCCCAGGCCUCAGGAUGACCCGGGCUUCCCGUCUCAGCAUCCCAGGCCUCAGGAUGACCCGGGCUUCCCGCCUCUGCAUCCCAGGCCUCAGGAUGACCCGGGCUUCCCGCCUCUGCAUCCCAGGCCUCAGGAUGACCCGGGCUUCCCGCCUCUGCAUCCCAGGCCUCAGGAUGACCCGGGCUUCCCGCCUCUGCAUCCCAGGCCUCAGGAUGACCCGGGCUUCCCGCCUCUGCAUCCCAGGCCUCAGGAUGACCCGGGCUUCCCGCCUCUGCAUCCCAGGCCUCAGGAUGACCCGGGCUUCCCGCCUCUGCAUCCCAGGCCUCAGGAUGACCCGGGCUUCCCGCCUCUGCAUCCCAGGCCUCAGGAUGACCCGGGCUUCCCGUCUCUGCAUCCCAGCCCUCAGGAUGACUCGGGCUUCCCGUCUCUGCAUCCCAGCCCUCAGGAUGACCCGGGCUUCCCGUCUCUGCAUCCCAGGCCUCAGGAUCAUCCUGGUUACUUGUCCCAAUAUCCCAAGCCUUAUUAUCCUAGCUACCUACCCUGGGAUUCCAGACCUGCUUAUGGCUACCCACCUCAUCAUCCCAGACAAGCUAAGCAGUAUUUUGGCUACCCACCCCAUCACUCAAAACCUCCUCACCCUAGCUACCCAUCCCAGGAUGUCAUGCCCCCCCAGCAGCCUCAACGUUCUCCCAAACGUCCUCAGCAGCGGCGCUUCUCUGGCAGGUCACCAGGCUACGUACCCAAGUGGCCUCAAAAACCACCACAAAUGAUCAAAAAUCCACGUUCUUAGAAACGGCUCUGCUAGACCAACCAGUCUCGGUGGAUCUGUACAUAAAAACAUUAUUUUUACUUUUCAAUACCACCUAAUAAGCUAAUCACUGUCUCUUAUUUUAUAUUAAUUUUAGGUGCAAGUGACAAGUAAGGAUGCAAAACAUCUAAUCAACCAAGUAAAACACUUUUACUGAA